AUGACCAUUGACCACGUCGGACUGACCGUCUCCGAGUCCAAGUUUCAGGAGACGCUACAAGUCUACCUCGAGGCCCUGAAGCCACUCGGGUACACCAAGACGCACCAGUUCGGCGACUACGUCGUCGGGCUCGGGUCUGCGCAGGGCUGCCCGGACAACAAGCCGGUUCCCGACUUCUGGCUCACGGGGGCCAAGGACGUCGGUGAGAGCAAGACGCACGUUGCAUUCAAAACAAACGAUCGUGCGACCGUGGACGCUUUCCAUGCUGCGGCGCUCAAGGCUGGCGCGAAGGACAACGGCGCACCGGGCGUGAGGGCCAUGUACCACCCCAACUACUAUGGGGCGUUCUUGAUCGACCCGGCGGGCAACAAUUUCGAGGCCGUCUGCCACCUGCCUGCAUAG